AUGGCCACGUUGACGCACCUUUUCCUUUGGAUUGGGCUGUGGUACAUUUCGCAGGUCCACGGAAUUGCCAAAUUCACAAACAUUGAGUGCCUGAGUGCCGAUGAGAACUUUACCAGCAUUUCUUUGUGCCGACUGUACGCCGUGAAAAGGGAUGUGGUGGAAAUGAGUUUGAGGGCCAACAUACUACGGUGGCCAAAAGGUCGAGUAGCGAUGCGCAUGCAGUUGUUGAAGAAGGCCAGUGGAUACAAGCCUUUUCUAUAUAAUAUCUGCCAGUCGGAUGUGUGCGAAUAUCUGGAGAAACGGAAUCAUCCCUUUAUAAAUAUCAUUCUGAACAGUUUCGGCAAUAAAACCAAUGUAAACAAGUGUCCAAUUCCACCCGAAAUUAUUUUAGAGCACUUUCGCUUCCCUUUGAAGGUCUUAGAUAUGAUGCCCCUGCCAUCUGGAGACUAUGGACUAUUCACCACCUUCAGUUUCCAUCAAAAGGAACUAGCCCAGGUUAAGGUGUAUUUCACACUUACCGAAUAUCGCUAA